GUGAGCUGAGAUCGUGCCAUUGCACUCCAGCCUGGGUAACAAGAGCGAAACUCCGUCCCAAAAAAAACCAAAAAAAAAACAAAAACUCAAAACAAUCCCAUAUGGUAAACAAAGCAGGUAUUUACUACGUUUUUCACAGAUGAAAGAACUGAGGUACACACAAUUUACAUAAAUUAUCAAUAGUCACAGAGAUCAAAAGCAGUAGAGCCAGGAUUUGAACUCAGGAAUUGCUAUUCUUUACCUGUCACCUCUUGCCUUUAUUACCUUGGAAUUUAGGGUAGUCACAUAAAAGACACUGAAUAUACCCAGUUGUCUUCUGAAUUCUAAGGUAGCCUAAAGGGUGCUAGUGCCCUCUCAAGAUUUACACCUGGAUGAAACAAUCUCUGCAGCCUGCUGUGGCCUUAGACCCUUCCAAAAUGUUUAAAAAUGACUAAUACAUCACAACAUUCCCAUGUAAUCUGAGACACUGUACUAGUCAACUCAGUCUGCUACAACAAAAUACCAGAGGAUAGGUGACUGAAACAAGAGACAUUUAUUUCUCAGUUCUUGAGGCUUAAAAGUCCAAGAUCCAGGGGCAAGUGAUUCAAUUCCUGAUGAAGGCCUUCCUCCUGGCUUGUGGACAGCUACCUCAAAUGGUGGAAAGAGAGGACGCAAGCUCCUUGUGCCUCUUCUUAGAAGGGCACUAAUUAAUCCUGCCAGAGUUCCGCACAGCGCCAGCCCUUCCGCCAUGGCCGCCAUUGGAGAGUAGCAGCCAUGGCUUUUUGCUACCCUGUAGCCGCCGGCCUCAACAAGGGCCGCAAGGUAACCAGGAACGUGAGCAAGCCCAAGCACAGUCGCUGCUGCAAGCAUCUGACCAAACACACCAAGUUCGUGCGGGACAUGAUCCGGGAGGUGUGUGGCCUCGCCCCAUACGAGCAGUGGGCCCUAGAGUUACUCAAGGUCUCCAAGGACAAAUGCGCCCUCAAGUUCAUCAAGAAAAAAGUGGGGACAAACAUCCGGGCCAAGAGAAAGAAGGAGGAGCUGAGCAAUGUCCUGGCCGCCAUGAGGAAAGCCGCUGUCAAGAAAAGACUGAGCCCCCUCCCCUGCCCUCUCCCUGAAAUAAAGAACAGCUUGAUCCCCCCAACUCCCCCGACUCCCACUGAAUAA